UGGAGCUAAACUGCUUAAUAUGAAACAAGAUAUGUCGUACCGCACAUAUUCAUAACCAGACCCAGUGACACUGUGCAGUAUUAACAAGAUAAUAUAUUCUGAUACUGAGAAUCUAUAGGUGAUUGUCAAACACCCGAUAAACCACCAUUUCCAUUGAUGAAUUUAGAUCUUUAUUUAUUUUUAGUUUAUGUAGAUCUUUAUUCAUUAUUAGUGCAAACAAUAAUAAGUACUACAUCAUGACAAUCAUUUUCAUAAAACAUAAUCCUUGGAAUAACAAUCCUCUUGAAAAUAUUUCUUUUGCAUGACCUCACAACCUUUGGGACGUCAGUCGUCUUUAUAAACUGGGCUCUAUUGUGCUACCACGUCGCUACCACUUCAUACGCCUGACUCGCUGAAUUUGGAAUAUAUUCAUUACGUACAAACACAACUGAAAUAUACCACUAGGUAUCCCUACCUCCUCAGAAUAACACAAUAGAAUGUGCCCCAAGCUAUUCGUCAAAUACAAAAGUUCCAGAGUGAAUAAAGUUCAAGAGAUUAAAUUGAUAUGAAUUGAAUUGAAAUGAAUUUAUCUUUGCUGCUACAAGGACGCUCGAUUAUAAGAAAAUAUUAUUCAACAAAACUGGAGCUUUGAGCGGAUAUUAAGCCAGGGUGAUGGAUUGCAACAUAAUUAAAUGGCUGCUGACAACGUUCUUGGUGCAAACUAUGCUUCAGCGAGAGGUGGGAGGAGUGGUGAAAGUUUUGAUGAAACUAAAACGAUAUCAGAAUCCUGGACACCACGAACUCGACGAUGACUGUUGUGACCCUCAACCAUGGCUAUUAUGGGACCCUUGCAACGAUUGCGACAACGAAUUUUAUCUUUGUUUUGACACAAUAUCAAGUGAUCUAGAUUUCCACACUUGUCACUACGGAAGUUUUCAGACAGAACGACUGUUUGUCGAUGACGAUGAUUUCUACUUUCCUCCAGCUCUGCGAACGCCACAAAAUACGUUUAUACCUAAUCCGUUCCUGAUCAAUAUUACAAACUGGCAGAAUGGAUUUCGAACUAAAAUCAGAGUGGAGGACUACGACCCCCUUAACAGUCCAGACCUCAUCGAUGAAAUCGGUUUUAAUUUUAUGGGUUCCGAGUACACACCGUCUCCUAGUCUUCAAAGCAUAUCAGAAUGGAAGGAAGUGGUGCUUGAUCAUGGAAAUGGUCAUUCGAUAAUAACAGUGCAACUCAAAAUAUAUUGCGAAGAGCACUACUAUAACACAGCCGAAGGUUGUAGCGUCUAUUGUUUGGGACGGGAUGAUGCUCUGGGGCAUUACGACUGUCAUGACGUCACAGGUUCAAAGGUUUGCCAUCCAGGCUAUACAGGUGAUAACUGUAAUCAGGAAAUCAACGAAUGUGGUUCUAAUCCAUGUAAGAACGAUGGUGUCUGCCGAGAUCUAAAGGACGCGUAUGAUUGUAUUUGUCAAGACGGUUCAUCAGGCACAAACUGUGAGACCGAUGUGGAUGAAUGUGCGAGCGCCCCUUGUCAAAAUGGAGCAACAUGUACCGCACUUGGCACAGCACUAAACUUCUACCAAUGCACAUGUUUGACGGGCUAUGGUGGCAUCAACUGUGAAACAGAUAUUGAUGAAUGUGCCUCCAACCCAUGUGAGAACGGUGCAACGUGUAAUAACCGAAUUGGUUUCUAUGAGUGUGAAUGCUUGGCAGGAACCACGGGAUCUCGCUGCGAAAUUGAUAUCAACGAAUGUCUGAGUCAGCCGUGCCAAAAUGGCGGCACGUGCACUACCUCGCCUGCUCAGUUCAAUGCCUAUAGCUGCCAAUGUCAAGAAGGUUUUCUGGGACUGGACUGCGACACCAUCAUGGACGAGUGCAUCUCUAAUCCAUGCCAAAAUGGCGGAAACUGCACAGAUUUGCUGAAUGGCUUUAUAUGUCAGUGCCUACCUGGAAGCGAUGGUAAAACUUGUGAAGAGGAUAUUGAUGAAUGCCUCAGUUUCCCUUGUCAACAUUCUGGAACCUGCGUGACCCAGGCAGGAGUCUUGAAUUCCUAUGAAUGCACCUGUCCGAAUGGUUUCGAAGGUAGUAAUUGCGAAGUGGAGAUAAACGAAUGUGCAUCAAAUCCGUGUAUAAGAGGUACUUGCAUAGACUUGGCAGCCUCCUUUCGAUGCGAUUGCCCUCGGGGAAGCACUGGUCUUCGUUGUGAACUUGAUAUCAAUGAGUGUGAAAGCGACCCUUGCGAAAAUGGAGGAUUGUGCGUUAAUCCAACUGAAGAACUAAAUGCCUACCAAUGCAACUGUAUAGAAGGGUUUACCGGCAAGAAUUGUCAAAACAACCAAGAUGAUUGUGAAAUGCUACCCUGUCAAAACGGAGGAACAUGUACUGAUCUCGUCAAUUCAUAUCGUUGCGAAUGUCCUGCUGGAACUAGCGGCGCAGAUUGUGACAUUGAUGUCGACGAGUGCAAUUCCCAUCCAUGUUUAAAUGGUGGCACCUGCUCAACAUCACCAAACGAACUAAACUAUUAUCAGUGCAUUUGUCCCGUUGGUUUUAUUGGUCCAAACUGCGAGGGACAUGUAUGUGACAACAAUCCCUGUGCUCUUGGUUCAACUUGCGAGUCUUUUGGAGGACAGUCGUCAUGCUUAUGCCAACCGGGAUACCAAGGUGAAACGUGCCAUCAUGACAUCAAUGAAUGUGAAAGUAACCCUUGCAAAAAUGGCGCAACAUGUAGGAAUGAAGUGAACUCAUUUGCUUGUGUCUGUGCCAAUGAUUUCAGCGGUAAUGACUGCUCAGUUGAUACGAAUCUUUGUCGCUCUUACCCAUGUUUGAACUCAGGUACCUGUAUCAAUCUGGACAAUGCUUUCUCCUGUGAGUGCAUUGAUGGAUACACUGGACAAGAAUGUGAAACUAAUGCCAAUGAGUGUGAAAGUAGCCCUUGUAGAAAUGGUGGUUCAUGCGAAGAUUUAGUUGACGGGUACACGUGUACAUGUAACGGAGGAUACCAUGGAACAGAUUGUGAAAUAUUGACGGAUAAUUGUGCCAGCCACCCCUGCCACAAUGGCGGGACGUGUGCGAAUGGGCUUGGAACGUACGCUUGCAAAUGCCCGACUGGUUUCAGAGGUACAGAUUGCGAAAUUCAGAUUGACGAAUGUGCCAGCUCUCCGUGUAGGAAUGGCGCUACUUGCAGCGACGUGAUCGCUGGUUACCUCUGUCACUGCACCAUUGGUUUUUCUGGAAGACAUUGCGAGAUCAACGAUGAUAACUGUGUUUUUAACCAUUGCCAUUACCCGUCUACUUGUGUGGAUGGUACCAACGAAUAUACUUGCUCUUGCGCAGAAGGAUACAUGGGGACGUACUGCGAAACAAACGUAGACGAUUGUGAAAAUAACGAUUGUAAAAAUGGUGCGACGUGUAUCGACCAAAUUAAUAGUUACAUCUGUUCCUGUGCACUUGGAUACGAGGGUGAUGAAUGUGAGAUUGAUAUAAAUGAAUGCUUCAGCAACCCUUGUCAAAAUAGUGCCGAAUGUAAAGAUAUGGUAUAUGGAUACAGUUGUGCGUGCUUGCCAGGGUUUACAGGGAUAAACUGUGAAACUGACAUCGAUGAGUGUAAGAGUAACCCUUGCAAGCAUGGAGGAACGUGCUUUGAUAGAACAGAUGGGUUCAUUUGCUCAUGCUCUCAAGGGUUUAAGGGACCAUUAUGCAAUCUCGGACCAAAUGACUGCACUUACAACAACUGUGUUAACAAUGCAACUUGCUUUGAGGACUUUCCAAACUACAGGUGUCAGUGCCCUUCAGGAUACAAUGGAAUUUUAUGUCAUACAGAUGUGGAUGAAUGUACCCAAUUCGAAAAUGUGUGUCUACCGGGAUCAGAAUGCAUCAAUACUAUUGGGGGAUACCAGUGUGAAGAAGUACCAACAGAAGAAGUUCCUCCAAGCGGUAUCUGUCAGAAUCAAAUGUGUAGAAAUGGCGGAACUUGCUCGCUCUACGGAAACACCUACGUGUGCGACUGUCCAGAGGAUUUUCGUGGAGAUCUGUGCGAGGUUCCGACAACAUUUGACUGCGCUUAUUCACUGUGUCAAAAUGGCGGCACGUGUGUAAAAACCAUAGAGAGUGACGGCAGGCAAACUUCAAAGUGUGACUGUGAACAAAACUACAUUGGUGAUACGUGUCAAACAAAUUUGCUUGGAACUUUCUACUCCAUCGAGCUGGAAGAUCACAUCCAGAAUUUCGACGGUCUUACUAACAGAUUAAGCAAUCUUCUCGGUAUCGCACUCAACAGGUCUAAUGCCAUCAUCACGGUUAUAUUAUACAACAGUACUUAUCAUACUGCCUACACAGGGCAAAACUACACAUCGAUUGGGUUCUACGCUUUCAUUGAAGAUGAUAUAGUAGCGGAUGUGAACAUUUCUAGGGGGCUCUCUGCUAUGAGCAUUGAAUCCCAAGAUGCCAUUAUUCAUCCUUUUAAGAUCUUCGUCCUCAGAAAUAAAGAGGAGCGUGGUGGACCGGCAGGUGGGAUGCAAUCGUGGAUAAUCGGUCUAAUUGUCGUGCUGGUUAUCAUCGUUCUCGUUUUAGUCAUACUAUGGGCAGCAUAUGUCAGGAGAGUUCGUAUAAGACGGAAGAUGGCCGUACCCGAUUCCGUGGCAGGAUCGGAAGGGUAUACUCGGAGUGUAUCUGUUACUGACUCAAUGGUUGCGGCAAUGGGUGCAGAAGCAGAUCAACAUAGGUUAGUCAGACCGUCUAUAACAGAUCAACCUGUGUUUGAUAACCCAGUCUAUGAAGAGGUUCGGGAAUCUGCAGGAGGUGCUCAUGGAUACUCAGGGAAAGAAACUGAAGACAGUGUCGUACUACCUUUCCCAAGACGGGCUGUCAGUAACGUGUACCAUGGCGUAAACGAUGGGACCGUCCGUCAUCAGGAAUAGCUAGCUUACUAGCAGUGAUGCCUAAUAUGUUUCUUUUUAAGAAAGGACUCAUCACCGAUAUCGAAGUAGGAUUUGAAUUUUGUGUAGCGUUUAUUUAAUAGAAAAAUAAAAUGAAUGAAAUUUCUAUGUUUAGAUUCGCCAAAAUUAAUAUUCUCUUGUAUCAUAUGCUGUAGGAUGGUCUAGAAGUGACAUGCAUUGUUAGGUUUAUCGUCGUCGGCCUGUACGUUUUAGAACAUAGCGUAAGACGUGAAGUUCAGUACCAAACAAUGAUCAAUGGGAUCGAUUUUAGAAGCGAUAUUGGAGAUUUAUACAACGAUCAUAUUUCUGUAGUGCUGUUUACUCACGUAGUUGUAUAUUAUUUGUUCAGACGUCAUAAUCAGUGGGAUAUUGUGAGUUUAAUGAAAAAUAUGAAUUCAAAACAUUGGGUUUCUUUGUUUUAAGUAAGCAUAGAAUAUUCAGAUGUUGUCAUAUUAAGCUUGCUUUCUCUUCUACCUUUUUACCGAAUUCAAAGUCUACAUUUAUAUACUGAAAAUAUUUAUAUCAUGAUUUAUAUAGAUGCUAUCUCUCUCCCACGUACUCUUUCUUUGUCAUUCUCUCUUAUUUGCUCUCUCUCUCUCCUUCCUUGUCUUUUUUUUCUCUCUCUGCCUCUACAUCUCCUACCGUCUUUUCUGUUUCUUUUUUUUUACUUAUCGUCUUCGUUUAUCUUUGAUGCGCUUUGUUCACUAUUGUUGAUACGUGCACUCAUGAUUUUUAUGAUGCAUUAUUUUGACGCAAGCUAAAUAAGUUUGUCAUUACUUAUUAUUGUCAACGGAGUUUCAAUACUUUUCAUGGUUUGAGCCUACAUAUUACCAUAUUCACUAGACAGUAUUUGGGCGGUCAGUUUCUCAACAGUAAUAUUCACGUUUGCUUGUUU